ACUGUUACAAGAAGGGAAAAAAAAGAACGAAACACGUGCUUUCCUCCGCCGUCCGCCGAUGUAAACAAAAACUAAAUCGAUCGAAUCGCCGGCAAGUUUCUUACGAAAUCGUAAACUUUUUCUCCUCUAACUGAAAGAAUGGCUAAUUCGUCCAUAAUUUACGAUUUGUGUAUUAUUGGUGCUGGAAUGUUUGGGUCUGCUGCUGCCAAGCAUGCUACUGCGUCUUUAAAAGCAAAAGUUUGCUUAAUAGGACCCGAAGAACCCACGAGAGACGAGUGGGAACAAAGGAUGAUUUUUAGUUCACAUUAUGAUGAAGGAAGAAUUGUUUCGGGAGAUCCAACUAAUCAUAACUUGAACGUUUUAUUAGAAGAAUCUGUUCAAAAAUUUCAUGUUUUAGAGGAGGAAUAUGGGAAGAAGCUUUUCAAUAACACUGGAUGUCUCUAUCUGUAUAGUUGUGAGGAUGAAAGUGCUUUAAAGAUUUUAAGUGAAAUUAAUAGUGGUGAAAGUCAGUUAUUGGACAUUUCUUCAAAAAGCCUUUUCUCAAAAGAAUUUCCUUAUAUGAAAUUUGAUAGUUAUAAAUAUGCUUUUUUUGAUACCACAUCUGGUCAUGUAAGUCCUCGGGAAAUAAUAAAAGCUGAAAAAUUGGUAGCUGAAAAGAAUGGUUGUCAUAUUAUAGAUGAUAUUGUUAAAGAUAUAAAAGAAGUAGAUCACCAAUUAAUUGAGAUUAUCACUGAAUCUCAAAGAUUGAUUAGAACCAACAAGCUAUUAAUUUGUGCUGGAGCUUUCACAAAUUUUAUUCCAAUCUUUGCUUCAAGGGAAUUAAAUAUUACAGUAAAUAAAGAAACUUAUAUUUUAAUAAGAAUUUCAAAAGAAGAAGCUGGGAGAUUAAGUACUAUGCCAACUAUGGAUGUUUUCUUUGAAAGCUGUGAGGAACAGCCUCACCUCUAUGGUGCAUACAUUUUACCACCCAUAAAAUAUCCCGAUGGGAAAUAUUAUUUAAAAAUUGGACAUAAAGGAAGCAUAGUUAACUCUGAACUGAAAAAUUUGAAGGAAAUUAAAAAUUGGUACAAUUGUAGUGGAGAGAAGUACAUAUCGGAGCAUUAUUCUAAAAUAAUUCAAGAUCUUUUUCCAGAUUUAAAGUUUGAGGAGAUGUUACCAAAAACCUGUGUAACCUGCUCAAAUCCAUCUGAAUUGCCAUAUAUUGAUAACAUUUCUCCAAACAUCAUUGUGGCUGCAGUUGGUAAUGGAUCUGGAGUAAUGAUGUGUGAAGAAAUUGGUAGUAUUGCUGCUGAGUUAAGUGUGGAGUCUACGUGGAAUUCCAAACUUUCAAAGUCCUUAUUUAGGGCUAUUUUUCGUAGUUAAAAGAAAUGAAAAAGUUUUUAGUAAGCAAUUAAAGGAUGAAUAAUUACGUAUUUAGUAUCUGAUAAUUAAAUUAUUUAUUGAUUUUUUAUUAAAUAAGAAAAUUGUGAAAAGAAAUUUUUUAACACCAUAAAAAAUAAAUAUUUUAUUUUUAAAA